AUGGAUCUCGCUAUGGAAAACGCCGCAGGGAGCAGGCGCCGCAGCGAGCGCGAGGCCGAGGCCGAGGCCGAGCUGUGCUCGGGGCUGCCCAUGAGCAAAGCGAAGCCGAGGCCACCACUGCAGCUCCGAGGAGGCCUCGGGCUGGGGAAGCGGUGGCCGUGGUGGCGUCGCCGCUGCCCUGGGCGCUGCGCGAGCGGGGCCACGCGGGAGGGUCCCUGGCGGGACGAGCGCGGGCCCCAGCCGAGCGGGAAACGGCCCUGCAACAACCUCCUCAGAUCAGAGCUGUGGCUUUCGAAGAUCCGCAGCGAGCUCGUGGAGCAGUUCAAAUGCCUGGAGCAGCAGUCGGACACGCGGCUGCAGCUGCUGCAGGACCUGCAGGAGUUCUUCCGCCGGAAAGCCGAGAUCGAGCUGGAGUACUCGCGGAGCCUGGAGAAGCUGGCGGAGCGCUUCUCCUCCAAGAUCCGCAGCUCCAGGGAGCACCAGUUCAAGAAGGACCAGCACCUGCUUUCCCCCGUGAACUGCUGGUACCUGGUCCUGACGCAGACCCGGCGGGAGAGCAGGGAUCACGCCACGCUCAACGACAUCUUCAUGAACAAUGUCAUCGUGCGGCUCUCGCAGAUCAGCGAGGAUGUCAUCAGGCUCUUUAAAAAGAGCAAGGAGAUCGGGCUGCAGAUGCACGAGGAGCUGCUGAAGGUCACCAACGAGCUGUACACGGUGAUGAAGACCUACCACAUGUACCACGCGGAAAGCAUCAGCGCGGAGAGCAAGCUGAAGGAGGCCGAGAAGCAGGAGGAGAAGCAGUUCAACAAGGCGGGGGACAUCAGCGUGAACCUGCUGCGGCACGAGGACAGGCCGCAGCGGCGCAGCUCCGUCAAGAAGAUCGAGAAGAUGAAGGAGAAGAGACAGGCCAAAUACUCGGAAAACAAGCUGAAGUGCACCAAGGCCAGGAACGACUACCUGCUCAACCUGGCAGCCACCAACGCCGCUGUCAGCAAGUACUACAUCCACGACGUCUCCGACCUCAUCGAC